AUGAACAAGGACUGUGUCCGAGUGGCCGUCAGGGUCCGGCCCUUUAACAAGAGGGAGAGAGAUGCUGGAAGUCGCUGCAUCAUCUCAAUGGUCCAAAGCUCCAUCACACUCCAAGAUCCACGUGACCCUCAGAACAGACGCUCUUUUUGUUUUGAUUACACUUACUGGUCCCAUAGUGGUUUCAUACGAGACAUCAGUGGGAAGUACCUCCCUGAAGACGCUGGAGGGCGCUAUGCUGACCAGGAGACUGUGUUCCAGGACUUAGGAGAAGGUAUACUGGAAAAUUCACUACAGGGAUACAAUGCCACUCUGCUGGCCUAUGGACAGACGGGUUCAGGAAAGAGUUACUCGAUGAUGGGAUAUGGGGCCAACAAAGGCUUGGUCCCAAAACUUUGUGAGCAGCUUUUUUCCUCAAUCAGGGAAAACCAGGACUCAAGGCGAUGCCAGGUGUUUUUCAGUAUGUUGGAGAUCUAUAAUGAACAGGUUAUCGAUCUGUUGUCUCGAGGUCCUCGUGUUGCGGCGGGUCUCCGAGUCCGAGAGGAGCAGCACCGAGGUUUUUAUGUGGAGGGCCUCCGCACUGUUCCUUGUGAAACGGCACAACAGGUUGAACAGCUGAUGGAGCAGGGCACGAGGACUCGGACCACUGCCGCCACUUACAUGAACGCAAACAGCAGCCGCUCUCACAUGCUCAUCAGCCUGCAGCUCAAACAGAUCUUCUCAAAAGAAAGCACUACAAAGCACUCCAACAUAAACCUGGUGGAUUUGGCUGGCAGUGAACGGCAGCGAGCGUCUGGCUCUGAAGCGGAUCGACUCCGAGAGGGAAUGGCCAUCAACCUGAGCCUGACCACUCUGGGCAACGUCAUCAGUGCCCUCGCUGAUGUGGCGGUGGGUAAAAAGGUGGUGCACAUUCCUUACAGAGAGUCCAUUCUUACCAAACUUCUGCAGUCAGCUCUGGGAGGCAACAGCCGCACUGUUAUGAUUGCCACUCUCAGUCCUGCUGAUAUUUGCUUUGAAGAAACACUCUCAACUCUGCGUUACGCUGAAAGGGCCAAGCGCAUUCAGAAUCGAGCUGUUGUGAAUGAGAGUCCCACUGAGCGUCUGGUCAGAGAGCUGAAGGCCGAGAACGCCAGACUGGUGCAGAGACUGAGCCGCCUGGGACAGGACGGGCGCCGGCCCUGUGACGAGACCAAGGAGCUUCGACAGCUGCUCACCCACAAUGAGCUGCAGAUCAAGGCCAUUCAGACACUUUGGGAACAGCACCUGCAGGAGGCGCUCAAGGACCUGGAAGAGCAGUACGCCCACAUCACAAAGGAGCGGAGGAUGAUGCAGAUGCACCCCUACAUUCUGAACAUCAAUGAGGACGCACAGCUCUCUGGGGUGGUUAAACUGUUCAUACAAGAGGGUGAAUGGGCUGUGGGCCUCAGUGACUCGACUCCAAAGUCUAUCUCCAUCAAAGGACUAGGCUUGCUAGCAGUCUUCUAUGACUACAUUAAACUUAUGCCAAUGGUGACGGAGGCCAACCAGAUGAGCCAGGAGCUCCACAAGGGUGUUGAUUUCAAACUUGAGAUCAAGAACCUUGCUCUGUCUGAUUCGAAAGGCCAUGAUCUAAAAAAAGAUAUUGUUGUUCGAGUCACUACAGUGGAGAGUAAACAGGUAUGGAUGUGGUCUAAAGCAAAGUUUGUAAACCGUAAAUUCCUCAUGGAAGAAAUGUACCAGCAGCAUCAGGCAGCACAGAGUGAAGAGAAUAGCUGUGUUUCUGUGGUCAAGUUUGAAAGAGACCAAGACCCAUUUUGGGAUCCUGUUGAGCCUCUGCUCCUGGGAACUGCUCAUCUGUGGCUCCAGACUUUGGCCUUUUGCAUCCCUCUUGAAGAACAACUGCAGGUCUUAGGGUCUGAAGGAACAGAGGAGGCCAUCCUGCAAGCUCAGCUGGUUCCCUGCUCCUCCACAGGACUAGCCCUGAGUGAGGACGACAUCCUGAUUGACCCCUCAGAGUUGUUGAGACGUCGUCUGGACUUCCAGCUGGUUCUGGAGCAGUGCUGUGGUCUGCGCUGGGUUAGAGAGGCCCACAACAGAGGUGUUCAAGUCGGUUUUAAGAUGUUUGACUGCAGUCAGCCACUGUACACUCCGGCUGCAUGGCACAACAUCAACCCUCUGCUGGAUCACAGAGUACAUUUUGCUUCACUGCAGACGUCUCAGUCACUCCUGGAUUAUCUUCAAAGCAGUGCAGUUGUUCUGGAGCUCUGGGGCCUUCAGGAUGGGUGUGCAGAACUGAAAUCGUCUUUGGAUGACAUGAGACUGACAUCAGACAGUAUAGUUAUUAUUGAUAAUCCAGGCCCCGCUGACACAGCGGAAGAGUCAGAUCUCCUUGGGCUGCGGUUCUUCGUGGAUGAACAAGGGCGACUGCUGCGAGACUUCUCAGGGCAGCUGGAGGAGUGUGUUUCCAAACUCAAACAGGACGUGGCUGUUAUUUUAACCCGAAGUGUCGCGGUGAUGAGCAGUACCAGCUGCGGUCGGGACCCCACAAACCCUACACCCGUGGAGAACUGA